UCAGUCAGAGCGACAGAAACGCCCUGACGGAGAUAGAUAGAGGGAGGGAAUGAGUGAGAGAGAGAGAGAGAGAGAGAGAGAGAGAGAGAGAGAGAGAGAGAGAGAGAGAGAGAGAGAGAGAGAGAGAGAGAGAGAGUAGCGGACAGAGAGCGAUUGAAAGAGAAGUUUGUAGCCUACUGGAUACAUUUUGGUGGAGAUAAAUUGAAGCGGGAGGACAGGAAAAACGCAAUAUUGUUUUUGAGUAAAUCAAAACUUUAUUAGACGGCAAGAGAAGAAAGCAAUUUUUAAUAAAUUAUCACGGAAUUAUUGUGUUAGAGAGAGACACAAUUGAUCAUCCCGUUAUCGAACAAAUUGAUCUGAUGAUCAUGACGGCAGCUGUCGAUAUGAAACCGACAUUAACCAUCAUAAAGUCUGAAAGAAUGGACGAUCUGGAGUGUGGAGAUGUGCCCCUGCUCACUCCAGGGAGUAAAGAGAUGAUGUCUCAGGCUCUGAAGGACACGUUCAGCGGCUUCACAAAGGAACAGCAACGACUGGCCAUUCCCAAAGACCCCAGGCAGUGGACAGAGAGCCACGUGGGAGAGUGGCUGACGUGGACGGUGAACGAGUUCAGCCUGAAGAGCGUGGACUUCCACAAGUUCUGUAUGAACGGGGCCAGUAUGUGUGCUCUGGGGAAGGAACGCUUCCUGGAUCUAGCACCUGACUAUGUGGGCGACAUCCUCUGGGAACAUCUAGAGAUGCUUCAGAAAGAAGACACAAAACAUUUCCCUGUCAACGGCCUGACCUCCACCUUCCAGGAAUCCCACUAUACCUCAGACUACUUUGUCAGCUAUGGCAUUGAGCAUGCCCAGUGCGUUCCUCCCUCUGAAUACUCAGAGCCGGGCUUCAUCACAGAGUCCUACCAGACCCUUCACCCAAUCAGCUCCGAGGACCUGCUGUCACUCAAGUACGAGAGCGAAUACCCAAACGUCAUCCUCAGGGACAUGCCCCUCAACACACUGCAGGGGGACUACUUCUCAGUCAAGCAGGAGGUGGUCUCCCCCGACAACAUGUGUGUGGGCCGCAUCAGCAGAGGUAAGCUGGGAGGCCAGGACUCGUUUGAGAGCAACGAGAGCUUUGAAAGCUGUGACCGUCUGACCCAGUCCUGGAGCAGCCAGUCCUCCUUCAGCAGUCUGCAGCGCGUCCCAUCGUAUGACAGCUUCGACUCUGAGGACUACCCCAGCACCCUGCAUGGACACAAGCCCAAGGGAACCUUCAAGGACUACGUCAGGGAGCGCUCAGACCUCAGCAAGGACAAACCUGUCAUCCCCGCCGCAGCACUGGCAGGAUACACAGGCAGCGGCCCCAUCCAGCUGUGGCAGUUUCUGCUGGAGCUUCUGACGGACAAGUCCUGUCAGUCCUUCAUCAGCUGGACGGGAGACGGCUGGGAGUUCAAGCUGUCCGACCCUGACGAGGUGGCUCGGAGGUGGGGGAAGAGGAAAAACAAGCCCAAGAUGAACUACGAAAAGCUGAGCCGAGGCCUGCGCUACUACUACGACAAGAACAUCAUCCACAAGACAUCAGGGAAGCGCUACGUCUACCGCUUUGUCUGUGACUUAAAAAGCCUGCUGGGAUACACCCCCGAGGAGCUCCACGCCAUGCUGGACGUCAAGCCUGAUGUGGACGAGUGAAAACAGAGGGAUGAGAGAACAGUAAUAGUAGAAGAAUAGGGGAGUAAAGGAGCCGAGGAGACUAGGGCUCAGAGAUUGAUGCCGUCCGGUAAAAGAGGGCGCCCAUUUUGGGACCAAACCUAAACUGUGGUUUGUAUCAUUUUGAGCUGUUGUCAGAUGACGUUCAAAAAGGAAGCACAUGCCAAACGUGAAAAUUGAUAAUAUGUUGCAUUUGAGAUAGUGUGUAUGGUAGCUAUAUGUAUAUACUGGUAUUACUUAGUAGCUCAAGGCACAUGGAAAGCUAUCAGUUAGAAUAGAGUGGCCAUUUAGCCUAAGUAGCACAAGAAACUGACAUUGAGGAAGGGGGCCAAGAGACAGUGAAAUAUUCAUUAUAGGGAAGGACAUGAAUGGAGAGUUCCUGCUAUGAAAUCUGUUGCCAAAUAUAAAAUGGAAAGUAGUGGAAAUAGAUCACUGUUUCUCUGCCACACUCCAAACACAAUAGGCAUGGGUAGAUUUCUCAGCUUGGACCAAAAAAGUGUUGUUUUUGUUACUAUUGUUUCAGAAGCAUAAUGUUUGUGUCAGUAUUAUCGUUGAGAUUCAACUCCUGGUGUACUGUUUAGUCUCAGUCCGACCAGGAUUCCCCCGUUUUUUUUAAAUAUUUUUUUUAUGAAGGUAUUAUGAAACCAAACGUUGCACCAUUUAAUGUUAAGUUAGUCCUGUCUCCUCUCUGUGAAAGCCCAAUAACUGAAACAUGCUGAUAUGACUAUCAGAUGACACUAGACACUGGCCUUUUUACUCAUUUUCAUAGUUGGGUGGAGAGUUACUUACUCAUACCAAGAAUGGUUGAUAGACACCUGAAAGUAACCGUUGCUUUAAAACUGACGCUUUCAGCUCUGCACAUUUGCCGCUUCACUAUAGAAAUUUACUGUCUUACCACCAGUAAUAAAAAUCCUUAGACACCCUUUCUGUGGUGAGUUUUGAAAGUAUUUGGACAUGAAAGAGUCAAACGUGCCCAUCACAAUCUGUACAUUGAGUGGUUUCCAAACCCCCAUUUUAGCAUUGCUUUAGAAGAGAGCAGAGAGGGAGGGACCUGUUGCUGACAAAUUGAAUUGCGAGCCAUGUACGAGGGAUGGUUUUUGUAGUCAAAAGAGAAAGCUUAGGAAUGUAGAGUGUACUGUAUUUGUGUGUGUUACGUGGUGUUCUCUGAAUGAAGGGAAGCUGCCAUAGCUAGGUAAGGUAUAUCAAGGUGCAUGAUGGUAGUAGGGUGAAAAGAGAAGGGUUCAAAGCAAGGAGUGUAAACUUUGGAUGACUGUUUGAAAAAGAGAGAGAUGAGAGGAGGACUGGGUAGUUUUGGGAGGGAACCGUGGAGUUGUGAAGUUAAUCAGUAGUGGCUGAAAGAGAAUGAUCAUCAUUAUGGUAUGAGGAUGAGAUUAAUGCUUGUGCUGUUGUACAGCUUGGAGUCUUUUGUUAACUGAAGUGUUUGUAUGGAUGCUCCAUUUCACCAAUGAGGAGGGAGAGAUCGACAGGAAACAGGACUACCAUAAAGAGUUGGGCUAAAGGACUACUGGGAGAGAUGUGGCAUUAUAUGCUCUUUUCUUACCAUGCUUUGUACAUGCUUUUCUAUUUCUAACACAUAAGAACACCCAAUUCAGUAUAUGGAAAGGAUCAAUUAAAUGACAUGCCCUGAAUACUGUAUGUACUUGUGCAGCUUGCUCAAGAGCCACAGUAGCUGUGCUGGUUGGGUUUUGAGUAAUGUCGUCAGUGGGAACAUGACUAUACGCAGGUCUUAUGGGAAAAGCCAAAGUCAAGAAAUAUCAUCUUAAAAUACAAAUGUUAUUGUUUACAGUGGCUGAAUGUUACCCAUUCUGAUGAAAAUAGGUUUUGAAAUGUUUAUUUGUACAGAUUGUAUUUCAUAAUGCUUUAUUAAGAUCCAGAUUAAACAAAUAAGCAAGAGACAAAGCAGGAAUAAUAACCAAACCCAUGUGAGGUCUGGGCGAUAGAUAGGGCUUUGGGUAUGUCCACCAUCUUGAAGGACAGGGACUGUUAUUCCCUCACAUUCAAAGUGUUGUUUCUGCUUUGAUCUAUUGAUUUGUUGGAAAGCACUCAGUGUUAGGACUCAGCGAAGAUAUUUGGCUGGACUGACUGUAGUUCCCUCUUGAGAUUAUAGGAAAGGGAUUUCUGUCCAUAUUAGUUACUUUUUUGUUGGGCAACUGACCACAGGGUUGGUUUUUCUAGUGUCAGUCAGCACAAACACACACGCACACGCACACAGACCACACACCACACACACACACACACACACACACACACACACACACACACACACACACACACACACACACACACACACACACACACACACACACACACGUAAUCUUGUGUAGAGAAGAUUGAAUUCUCUUGAACAAAUCAAUCCACCCAAUCUCUGUGGUUCAUUUUGCACGCUACAUUUCCAGGAUUCACAUCACUGUUUGAUUAUUACUGUUCAGAUUUUUUUCCUCCAAAAAAUGUUUUACGUUAGGGCAACUGUUCAUAUAUUUAAAUAUAUGCUUAACUUGUUGUUGAUGAUGCCUUCCAGCUACUAGCCAGUCACCAUUUUGAGUAAAUCAGAAUAUAAUAUCUUUGUUUAAAUGGAAAGUCUGUUUGGACUUCAAGUCAAGUUUGUUUCAGUAAAUGUCAUAUACGUUAAGUUGUAGACACAAGUAUUGCACAGAUCUUUCUAAAUGGACUAAAUACAUAAAUACACAGAUACCUUGCGAUAUUAGCAUAUCUCAUUAGGAAACCUUUUUUGUUAUGGAUGGUGUUGUUUUUUUUGUAUAUUUUAUAGUGUUUCUGUAUUUUUGUUAAUGAGAUCAUUUUUUAUGUAUUUAGUUCACAAACAUUUGAAUAUUUUUCAAUAAUUUAUAUUUUAUAAAAGAAAAAGACGCAGACAGCUGGUGCUUUCAUGGGAAAUAAAGGUAGCACAGGAAAAAAAUGUAGCGAUUUUCUUUCGAUAUAGAGAAUAGACCUGUCUGUUAAAGAAAAAGGCUGAUGCUGGCCCAUCAUUGAUUUCUGCUGGAAAGUUUUAUAAACUGUUGCUUCUAUUUCUUAAUGUACUUUAAAAAAAAUACGUUAUAAAAAAAUAUAUGUGAACAAGUA